AGUGCCACAUGGUCAAUCCUAUUACCUCCUCGAAUGAACCAGCCAGUGUUCUUUCCAACCUCCCAACCUGAACACAAAACAGACGAUGCAGACCGACGCCGAACUCGGUAUCCCCAGCCCUAACGAUCGAGUAGACAAUUCAAAAGAGGAGCCAGAUGAAUCGUCUGCUUGGUACAAACUCGAUAAACUCGUCCGCCAACACGACGAACGAAUGGUGAAAGACUUCAAGGAGGAAAUGGAUUCGAUUUUGGUUUUCGCCGGGUUGUUUUCGGCUGUAGUUGCCACGUUCUUCGUCGACUCUUAUAAACGGUUACAACCCGAUCCACAAGGCGCUUCAAAUUAUCUUCUGAUGCAGAUUGUCCUGCAACUGAACAAGUCGGCACUCAACGAAUCGAUGAUAUCUCAAUUCCAACUUCCAGAACAUGAUUCCAGCGCGUGGUUCCUCAAUACAUGUUGGUCUCUCAGUCUCGUGCUCAGCUUGAGUAUUGCAGCCCUAGGAAUGUGUAUCAAGCAAUGGCUCCGAGUAUACAUGGUGUUCCCCUCUGUCCCGCCACGCGAACGUUUGCGCAUACGGCAUUAUCGCUAUCGAGGUCUUCAAAUGUACGGUGUAACAUUCCUUGCCGACAGGCUUUCCUCGGUGUUAGUCAUAGCUUUGAUGCUGUUUCUAAGCGGCUUCACUACUUUCCUUUCCUCUAUAGAUUCGUCUUUCGCUGGGGGCACCCAAGCUGUAAUCCUGGUGAUAGUGGCCAUAUUCCAGGUAAUCACGAUUGCCCCCGUGCUCCAUGCUCAGUGUCCAUACAAGUCUCCAAUACUCAGCCGUAUGACACAAUCAAUUUGGGAUGUUAUCCUCAAGCGUCAGGCGCCCGAGGACAGUGCUCAAAAGGACGAUGGCCAGGAUGUAUUAAUCCUACAAUUUCUGAGGAGGGAACUGCGGCAUGAUGUUCAAGACAUCUUGAGAGACUGCUAUCAGGACGUCUCCUGCCUAUCGCUCCACCACUGGACGUUAUACAACUAUAAAGCUCGAGAGCCUAGGGUGGUUGGUCACUCGAUCGCAUCGUGCAUUGCAGCCCUCCACGCUGAUUUGAAAAGCAUUGGACGUCUAGUUGUAUCGAAGGACUUCACUUGUGCAUUCGACUUCUUGACGCGGCAUAUACGAGAGGCUCCAGAUGCACAAUUGGGCGAUUUAUUGCAAUCGCUACUCAUCCAAGAAGACAGCGAUAUUAUAAACCACGUCGCAUGGUUCUUCUACUUCCCAUACUCACUACACGAACACCCUUCGAGCAAUAUGUCGUUCUUGCUACAAUUACGAGGACAGGUCAACAUGCUGACAGACGAGACUGCCUUUUCAUCCCUUAUAUCUCAUUGUGAUCGCGCUACGGGAAGCGGAGACCCAGAAUCCAUAGCCGGAUAUUUACUGAUGCUUCUGUUCUUCCUCGCGCACUCUCAGAAAGACAUCAGGACUUCAAUGAUGCCAGCAGUCAAUCGUUUACUGCCCGAGUUUGCUGAACACUUUCCGACAACCAGUGCGGUUCCGUCGCUUGCCGAAUUUGCCAGCCAGUGCUUGAUGCUCAUUCGCGAACUUCAUGACGAUCAUCUGGACCUGAACUCCGUCAAACUAAUCGCACAGCUUCAGAAGAGCCAAUGUUCAAUUACAGGACAAACAUUGCCUCCGGGCCAUAUCACUGGUCAUCGACGCAGGGCUAGGUCGCUGUAACGCUGCGGAAAGAAAGUAGAGGCGUAACGACAAGGGAAGGCUCUGAGAAGGGGUUUAUAGGAAGCACACCGGCUACAUAGGAAAUGUCAUUAAUUCGAGUCUUUGAGAGCUUCAAACGACCUAGACAUGAAUGGUUAUUAAUCUGAACUGGCC